UCAAUAUCCCUCGGAUAACCAAACAAACUCCAUCCAUCCCCCCAAUCGCGUCUCUCUUCCAUGGCCGGCGUUCUUGAGAUCCUCACCGUUCCUCGCGCCUCCGGUGUACCGGCGUCUUCGAUGUCUCGCAUCGCCUCUUCUUCCGUCUCUCGGUUAUCCGGCUGCCGGAAUGCAGUAAACUUACCGGAAUCCAGAGGUUUAAAGAUCCGGUCAUUCGCUUCUUCUGCAUCAGUGAGCCUGAGGUCCAAAAUCGGCCGCCGUACAUGCCGUAUUGUAUGCGAGGCUCAAGAUACAGCCGUACAAGUGCUUCCUGUUACUGAUGCAACAUGGCAAUCACUAGUCCUAGAGUCUGAUCUCCCUGUACUAGUUGAAUUCUGGGCCCCAUGGUGCGGGCCGUGUCGCAUGAUCCACCCUGUCAUAGAUGAGCUGGCAAAGGAAUACAACGGAAAACUCACUUGCUACAAAGUAAACACUGAUGAGAGUCCUUCGAUCGCGACCAAGUAUGGAAUCAGAAGCAUCCCUACCAUCAUUGUUUUCAAAGACGGAGAGAAGAAAGAUGCAAUCAUUGGUGCGGUUCCCAAAUCAACAUUGUGUACCUGCAUAGAGAAGUUCUUAUAGAGGUAUUAUUAUGUUUAUACUUGUUCAACUUGAAUUUAGUGCCCUCUAGUUUGUUUCAACUCUAUCAAGAUUUUGAAUUUUUAAGUAUUUUGUUUCUAUGUCAAGUUGAUAGAAUUGGGAGUUUAGCUCGCACGCUAGGCUGAUUUAAGUCUAUUCGUUUUGGCUUGGUUAUUCAGCUAUGUAUGCGCCCUGCAGUGUAUGUUUAUGUCAUUCAAGGAUAAAAACCUUUUUAGAAAUUG